UAGUUGCUCUUCACCAACAUGGUUGACGUUCACAAGCUCUCUCUCCAAUCGCAUGACAGGGUUCUCCUCGAAGAGCACGUCCGGUAGCGUUUCCUGUGUUUGUAAACGAAAGAUAUCGGAACACAGGCGACGGGCUUCGAGAAAAAAAAAAGAUCGACGAGAGAACAUAUUAGUUUUAGUGCUAGAUGAGUGAGGUGGGUGUGGCCUCCCGUCAGACCGACCAUCCUGAUUGACGGAUCACUGGAUGACCUUAUCCCCUAUCCUGUCCCUGCCCUCACAUACACCGUUCCCACUGCAAUGUCACACCUGCCCAGCAGCUCAGUCCGCGACCAUAUGAAAUGGGCGGGGCUGCUUGGCUGUGAGGCCGUGCUCUCAAGUAUGGCCCUGAUGCAGGCGAGCUCCAUGGCCGGUCCACCCAAGAAAAUGAUGACCCCACUUGGCCAUGGACCGCCCCAGAGGGAAGGCCCUGACCGUGGGCCUCAGAGCCACAUGAUCCUGCCGUCUGGGAUGAGCUGUCCCCCCUUGCUCAUUCGGAAGGAGGGUGACUUUCAUGCACCCCGCUUGCUGGAUGAGAAGGAGAUGAGGGCCAAUGAGGAGAUGCAGCUAAAAAAGAAGAACAGGAAAUCUGGAACACCCUGUAAAGUGAGAGAGCAGGAUGGACGGGGAGGCAAGGUGGUGGUUGUUGAUGAGAAUGGUAACUGUCCAGUAUCCAAAGUGCAGAAAAAUUUCAUCUGUGAUCAUUGUUAUGGAGCAUUUAGGAGUGGCUAUCACCUGAAGAGACACAUCCUCAUUCAUACAGGGGAGAAGCCGUAUGCUUGUGCCAUAUGUGACAUGAGGUUUAUUCAGCGUUACCACCUGGAGAGACACAGCCUCAUUCAUACGGGGGUGAAGCCGUACGCUUGUUCCAUGUGUGACAUGAGGUUUUUCCAGCGUUACCACCUGGAGAGACACAGCCUCACUCAUACGGGGGUGAAGCCAUACGCUUGUUCCAUGUGUGACAUGAGGUUCUUCCAGCGCUACCACCUGGCGAGACACAGCCUCACUCAUACGGGGGUGAAGCCAUACGCUUGCUCCAUGUGUGACAUGAGGUUUUUCCAGCGCUACCACUUGGCGAGACACAGCCUCACUCAUACGGGGGUGAAGCCAUAUGCUUGCGCCAUGUGUGACAUGAGAUUUUUCCAGAGAUACCACCUGGCAAGACACAGCCUCACUCACACGGGAGUGAAGCCAUACGCUUGUUCCAUGUGUGACAUGAGGUUUUUCCAGCGCUACCACCUGGCGAGACACAGCCUCACUCAUACGGGUGUGAAGCCGUAUGCUUGCUCCAUGUGUGACAUGAGGUUUAUUCAGCGGUAUCAACUGGAGAGACACAGCCUCACUCAUACAGGGGUGAAGCCGUACGCUUGCACCAUGUGUGACAAGAGGUUUUUUCAGCGCUACCACCUGGCGAGACACAGCCUCACUCAUAUGGGAGUGAAGCCGUACGCUUGCACCAUGUGUAACAUGAGGUUUGUUCAGCGCUACCACCUGGCGAGACACAGCCUCACUCAUACGGGAGUGAAACCUUACGCUUGCACCAUGUGUGACAAGAGGUUUUUUCAGCGCUACCACCUGGCGAGACACAGCCUCACUCAUAUGGGAGUGAAGCCGUACGCAUGUACCAUGUGUGACAUGAGGUUUUUUCAACGCUACCACCUGGCGAGACACAGCCUCACUCAUACGGGAGUGAAACCUUACGCUUGCACCAUGUGUGACAAGAGGUUUUUUCAGCGCUACCACCUGGCAAGACACAGCCUCACUCAUAUGGGAGUGAAGCCAUACGCUUGUUCCAUGUGUGACAUGAGGUUUGUUCAGCGCUACCACCUGUCGAGACACAGCCUCACUCAUACGGGGGUGAAGCCGUAUGCUUGUUCCAUGUGUGACAUGAGGUUUAUUCAGCGUAACCAUCUGGAGAGACACAGCCACACUCAUACGGGGGAGAAGCCAUUUGCAUGUGACAUGUGUGAUAUGAGGUUUAUCCAGCGCUACCAUCUGGAGCGACACAAGCGUGUCCACAGCGGAGAAAAGCCUUAUCAGUGCGAGAGAUGCCAGCAGAACUUUUCACGGACCGAUCGGCUGUUGCGGCAUCGGCGGUUGUGCCAGGGCCGUGGUGUGGCAAAGGUGGAGAACCAGCCAUGUUGUGAGCCUCGCCCAUAUCCCCAGGAGCCCCCACCGGCUCCACCUACCUGGAGCCCCCUGCACCCCCCUCCUGGUCGGCUUGCAGUCUGACAUUCCCCUCCCACACAUGACCACCACCUCUCCUUAGAGACAGGACUGGCCCCAUGGUCUCUGCCACUGAGCCCUAUGCUUAGUGGCGCCACACUCUGGCACAGACUGAUUCUGCAGCUCCAGUCCUGAGGUUACUUAUGACAGAGGGACAUACAGUUUUGUCUUUUUCUUUCUUUCCUUUUUGUUUUUUUAGAUAACAUUUCUGGUCUGUUUUGUACUUAUUUGAUUUUACAAAGAAGUUGUUAUUGUUCAGAUUCAUUGUUUGGGGUUUUAGUGGUACUUUGAGGGUGGUUUUGUGGGUUGGGGGGAAAGGUAAGGCAUUUGGGGGAGGGGGGGGGGGGGCGGCGGCGGCGGCUACAGUUUGUCCUAAAGUCAUAGCAAUGAAGUGGGAUAUAUAUAUAUAUAUAUACAUGAAUAUUUAACAACACACAGCAGAGGAUAUCUGGAAAAUGUAGAAAUGACUGUUUUUACAGAAAAUCUGGACAAUGGUACUUGGGGCAAACCUGUAAAAACAAGAAGGGCUUGAAUAGUGAGUGAUACAAAUGGACAGUCCACAGUUGAGCAUGGAGAAAUCCUAAUAGGUCAGGGUACAGGAUAUUGUCUGUCAUAGUAUCCUGUACCAUGUUCUGUUUGUUGCAAGGUAGUGAUGUGCUGAUGACUCAGGAAGUGGCACAGGAUAGGACAGCCUUUGCAAGUUCACCCCCACACAGCUAUUACAUACUAGUGUAUGUAUAGAUUUCUAUGACAAAAAGUGGGAAGCUUUCUCUGACUAAGGUUCAUAUAAGGAUAUAUGUUUGAAAUGGCACAAGAUGGCAGCUUCAGCCAGUCCCAUUACUUUGUAUGUACAGAUCAUCAUGUUCAGAGAAUGGCAGGAGAUAUACAGAAUCUUGUGGCCUUAGAGCGUGCUUGUUUUUUGUUAUGUUCAUUUGCCUUUUUUAUUUUCUGAACUAAAGGUUUAAUUAUCCUUAUUGUUAUAAGAUUUACAAGGACGAGCCACUGCCUUUUACCAUCGAGGUAUGUUUUUUCCAAAGCUUAUAGAACACUCAGUAGUGUUGCAGCAUACUGGUGGGCAAAAAUGUAUACAUAUUUCUGGUUAGUACUGAUGAUAAUGUAACCCAUCAUAUCAUCUGGAAGAACCAGAAGUUUUGACAAUUCCAGUGAGAUGCUAAUAGUGCAUACUUUACUUUCCCUCUUGCAUUGCUUUGGCGAGCUUCAGGCUUUAGCCACAGCUGUAUCAACACUUGCUUGACUCCGCUGCACACUAACGAAUGCCUUCUUUUAAGAUAUUAUGUAGUUGGUGUGUAUAUAAUGGAUGUCUGUUAUGUUCUUGGGUUUAGCCUUAAAUAAGAGCGGAUUCAUCAAUAAUCAUUGUAGUGCUAAAUGAUAUAGUAAUUAAUGAUUUUCCGUAACCUGUAUUAAACUUUAAUUAUGCUGUCUGUGGUUACCCCCUCCAAGUGAAAUGGCAACAAGCUUGUUUAGCAUACUGUUCGUCUACCCACUCUGCAUCUAUCAACUUAGUCAGGUUCAGUAUGUGUAUCAGUGGUCUUUCACAGCUUGUCUGUGGGCUAGUAGUUUUUUUUUAAUUGUUUUUUAACUCUUGGUCCUAAUUACCGGGACUUCACUCAAACUGUACAUUUGAUUACAAUAUCUAAAUGUUACUCAUUACAUUUUAUAAGCCCACUGUAUAACCCACAAGUGUCGGUGUGUAUCAAAGGCCUAAUCUAAACUUGAGACCUGUUGUGUAUAAAAUGAAAUAAUUUACUGAUAUCAGUAGGAUAUCUGGGUAUAAAUUGACUUGUGCCUGGAUCUCAAAGUAAGGUUUGACUCAAGUGAGGAAGUAAUGCGAUCCAGUAAAAUGUUGGAAAAGGUAUACAAGAUUUUACAGACCAAGUUUGAGAGAAGUGAUAUAUAUAUUCUCUGGCCCAGUCUCCUGUCCCUAAAGGCAAUGAAAUGGUUGCUGACUGCCAUGACUACCCACUAGUCUGGCCACAGGGCAAAGAAGGGUUACUUCUAUAUGUUAGAUCCCAGGCCAAUCUCAUAUUGUUAUUGAUCUACUGGUGAAAAUGCAAUAGACUCCAUGAUCAGUUAAGAUGAGGUUUUAUUUUCCAAAUAGUCAGACAGAAUACUGAGUUCUUUCUCCUCCAUGACAUUAUGAUAAUUCUGUUAACAAUAAGGACCUUUUUUUAUUUCUGAUAAAAUGUAAACACUGGAGUGAUAGAAACAAAAGAUGAAGAACAUACAGUACUAGAGUUUAGUCUGUAGACAGCCUCUUACUCCUCGACUUGACAAAGGUGGACAGAAACAUUUGGAUCAGUAAUGUUGAGAGCCCAGGAUGUUAAGUAAUUUAAAUAUUAGAGGCAGUAGUACUUAAAAUAAACUGUUUUUUAUACAAAUUCCCUGGUAUUUGUAGUGGAUUAUAUUGGUAGAGAUAUUAAGUAAGCAACAGCAUCUACAGUAGUUAUCACAAAUUAGUAUUUUUGUUUAUUAGUCUUGCAUGCAGAGUUAUGAUCCUCAGUUAAGAUAGGAUCUUAUAUUGAUUAUUUUGUGUAGGCAAAAUGAGUGCAUAAGAAUAACUUUUCCUAAAAAAAAAUGUUACACUGAUUAUUGUAAAAAAAAAAAAAUGGGCAAACUAAUAUGUUCCCUUGUGAUCCAAUUAGUUUUAAUUGUACGGAGUGUGGGGAGAGGCUUCUUACCAUUAUGCUGAAAUAAAAUACUUUCUAAAAGA